UUUAUCAAUGUGUGUGUAGUGUGUAGCGCGUGGCCAUUUUAUGAACGAAAUUCCGUGAAAUUUGCAACUGAAUCUGUAUGUAGUUGUGUUUUAUCGUUGUGUUGCUGUGUGAGGAAUUUUUCAGUGCGUGUUUCAACAUGUCCAAGUUACAGAUGUUGAAUGAAUUUAGAGCACUGUUCAUGAAGCACACCGUUGUCACUCGAAAUCACCUCACUCCGGAGCUAGCACUGCGACUAAUCACCUCUGCGUCGCCUCUGUGGUCAUCACCUGCGGAGAAUUCACCCUUCGUGGACCCUUACUGGGCCUUCUAUUGGCCGGGAGGACAGGCGGUUGCUAGGUACAUAUUAGACAACGCCGAAGCGGUGCUUCAUCGUAAUGUCUUAGACAUAGGUUGCGGCUGUGGAGCCGGCGCCAUUGCCGCGGCUCUCAAGGAAGCAAAACUUGUUGUUGCUAACGAUAUUGAUAUCUACGCAGUAGAAGCGACAAGAAUGAAUGCCGAUUUGAAUAAAAUAGUUAAUAUUCAAACUUCUACAAAUAACUACAUUGGAACAAAAUGUGAACAAUUUGAUACAAUACUCAUUGGAGACAUGUUCUAUGAUGAAGAAUUUGGUCAAUAUUUGUUCAACUGGCUCAGUGAAAUGACUAGACAUAGGAAAACCAUAUUGAUCGGCGACCCUGGAAGACAUGGGCUGACGGAUGCCAGACGCCGCCAGAUGGCGCUGCUCGCCACAUAUCAACUAACGAAUGAGACACGACGCGAGAAUCACGGGUUUUCACAAACAACUGUUUGGAGGUUGAAAGAAUAAAACACAUUUUU